AUGAAGGCCCUCCUGCCCCUACAUCAGAAGUGGGAUUCGAAUGGGGCUAGAAUUGAGCAAGAAACACCAAAAUCGGAUGCAGAAAAAUUGUUGAAUAACGUGCAAUGCUUUUAUCGUAGCCCAGCCGACGCCAUCAGACGCGCGGCUGCCUUAUCACUAACUAAACUAGAUGAAAUGUCCUGGGGCGUUGUCAAACAGACAGUAUUAGCCAAAUUUUCAAAACCAAAGCUUCUUCAAGACUAUUUCGAUGAGAUAUUGCGAUUCCAAAUAGGAGUUAAGGAGACAGCUUCAGAAGCAGCCCUUCGUUUAUGGAACCUAAUCGAACGAAUACCUAAGACUGUCAUGCCCGAAGAAGUGGUGACUGGAUUCGUUAUCUUUGUGCUCUGUCAGAAGGACAACUUGAUACGACGCGAAUUGAUUGCGCACAAUAUCACAACUCGCACUCAAUUGUUCCGGAUCCUGGGAGGUGUAUCGCUUAAGCGGCGUUCAGACGGUGUCGAAGCUAACGAACCUGAGGCGAAGCGUUUUCGUGCUACCGAAGGGUUCACGGGCAGAUGCAACUUUUGUGGAAUAUCGGGACUGUCUUGCGGAAUGCCGAAAAGUCGUUGCGCUGGUAUCAGUCGAGCCUCGAGACCUCCGAGUACUUCCCGUCCUUGGAGAAAAUGA